AUGGCAUUUGUAACAUUUGUCAUUGCUAUGGCAGCAAUUGGCGCUUUUUAUCUUUACUCAACCAAACCAGCAUGCAGACAAGCUGUCAACAAUUGGUCUAUUUUAGCAUGUGAUGCAUUGCAAGGAAAAGUUACACCAUCUUCUCGGCAAAUUGUAAAACGAAAGGUGCAAGUGGUUGCUAUUGAUAGUAUGAUGCAACCUUUUCUUCGUCCAACUUCAGAAGUGCCAGCUGAAGCACUGCCAUCCGGAUCUGUUGGAAGUUCUGGUUCUACCGGAAGUCAAUUAACAGGAACAUCGGAUGAUGAUAAAGCAGCAAUACCGGAAGGUGAGACACGUACUGGUGCAACUGUUAUUCGUUCAUCGACAUUAAAUCAGGAAGAAGGAAGAACAACACCUGUAUCACGUACUGCAACCGUCCCAACUGAGAGUACACCGGAAAAAGGACUUGUCACAGGUGAAAAGAAGAAGAAAAAAAAGAAAUCAAAGAGUAAAAAGAGCAAAAAGAAGAAAACUUCUAAAGGAAGCAAGAAAGAAGUCAAGAAAACGGAAGAAAUACUACCAGAAGAUCCAUAA